UUUGAGACGCGAAAUUAUGAUUAGCGUUUAAAGCGGCGGAGAUCGAUCUGCGAUUUGCGUAGACAUCAUUUUGUGGAAUUCGAACUUCUCAUUCUCUCUUUCAUCUUCUCCUCUUACGUAACCCUAGCGAAGUCGGAGAUUCACCGGUAGAUCAAUCUUGAAUCGCCAUUGAGAUCGACGGAGGAGAGAGAGAGGUGGGUGAUUACUAGUAAGAGGAGGAACACAUAGAUAGGGAGGGAGAUAAUGGAUUUGGAUAAAUGGAUAUCGAAGGUUAAAGAAGAAGGUCAGCAUCUCUCAGAGGACGAGCUUCAGCUUCUCUGCGAAUACGUGAAAGAGAUUCUGAUUGAGGAGUCGAAUGUACAGCCUGUCAACAGCCCUGUCACCGUCUGUGGUGACAUCCAUGGCCAGUUUCAUGAUCUCAUGAAGCUUUUUCAGACCGGUGGUCAUGUUCCCGACACCAACUACAUAUUUAUGGGAGACUUCGUUGAUAGAGGUUACAACAGCCUUGAAGUCUUCACUAUUCUUUUGCUUCUUAAAGCCAGACAUCCAGCCAAUAUUACACUUCUGCGUGGAAAUCAUGAAAGUAGACAGCUAACGCAGGUUUAUGGUUUUUAUGACGAAUGCCAAAGGAAGUAUGGUAACGCUAAUGCAUGGCGAUAUUGCACAGAUGUUUUUGACUAUCUUACCAUAUCUGCUAUUAUAGAUAGCACUGUUCUAUGUGUUCAUGGUGGUCUUUCCCCGGAUGUCCGGACAAUUGAUCAGAUAAGACUAGUCGAUCGAAAUUGUGAAAUUCCCCAUGAAGGGCCGUUUUGCGAUCUUAUGUGGAGCGAUCCUGAAGAUAUUGAAACAUGGGCUGUUAGUCCUCGUGGAGCUGGUUGGCUUUUCGGAUCGAGGGUUACCACUGAGUUCAACCACAUCAACAAGCUUGAUCUAGUAUGCCGUGCACACCAGCUGGUACAAGAAGGUCUCAAGUACAUGUUCCAAGAUAAAGGCCUUGUAACUGUGUGGUCUGCACCUAAUUACUGCUACCGAUGUGGCAAUGUCGCUUCUAUAUUGAUUUUCGAUGAAAACAUGGAAAGGGAUGUGAAGUACUUCAACGAGACAGAAGAGAACAAUCAAAUGAGAGGGCCAAGGACUGGAGUUCCGUAUUUUCUGUGAUGAAACUAUUAUAUUUGCUCCCCUACUUCUCCCAUCGCUGUGAUGAUGAUGGUGGUGAUGAAGCCAUUGCUAGCUACCGUUGACAAUAUGUUCAGUCUCAAAAAGAUAGUAUGUAGAUAUAAUAUUAUCUACUGAUGGGUUUCACUUUACUUCCAUUAAUUUUGUCCACUUGGUAACACUUUCCAUGUGAAAUUCUAGAGUAAACACUUCGGUAAUAGUCUGAAGUAGAGUUUUUUGUGUUGCUUUCUUUUGUUGAGACCCCAAUCUUUUCUUAUGUAUUACACUAACUUUCUUUGCUAUUUUGUUGUUGUGAAGAUGUCACUAACUUUAAAAACAAACUCAUCGGACGUUACAUAUCAA